GCUUCUCCGACUGCGUUGGAGCAAGCGGACUACAUUUCCCAGUGGGCCGCGGGACCGCCGGGGGGGUUGGGGGCGGAGCCUUACGUCUGGUACAGUCAUACCAAGCUUCUUCGGUGGGACUGUGAUGGCCGGAGAGAUGACGAUCUUAGGAUCAGCUGUUUUGACUCUUCUGUUGGCUGGCUAUUUGGCACAACAGUAUUUACCAUUGCCUACUCCUAAAGUGAUUGGCAUUGACCUUGGCACCACCUACUGUUCUGUCGGGGUGUUUUUUCCUGGCACAGGAAAAGUAAAGGUCAUUCCAGACGAAAAUGGGCAUAUCAGCAUACCAAGCAUGGUGUCCUUUACUGACCAUGAUGUUUAUGUGGGCUAUGAAAGCUUAGAGCUGGCAGAUUCAAAUCCUCAGAACACGAUAUAUGAUGCCAAAAGAUUCAUAGGCAAGAUUUUUACCCCAGAAGAGCUAGAAGCUGAAAUUGGCAGAUAUCCAUUUAAGGUUUUAAACAAAAAUGGAAUGGUUGAGUUUUCUGUGACAAGUAAUGAGACCAUCACCGUUUCCCCAGAAUAUGUGGGCUCUAGACUAUUACUGAAAUUAAAGGAAAUGGCAGAGGAAUAUCUUGGAAUGCCAGUUGUCAAUGCUGUUAUUUCCGUACCAGCAGAAUUUGAUCUAAAACAGAGAAAUUCUACGAUUGAAGCUGCUAACCUUGCAGGACUGAAGAUCUUACGGGUAAUAAAUGAACCCACAGCAGCAGCUAUGGCCUAUGGUCUCCACAAGGUUGAUGUCUUUCAUGUCUUGGUGAUAGAUUUGGGCGGAGGAACUUUAGAUGUGUCAUUGCUGAAUAAACAAGGAGGAAUGUUUCUAACCCGAGCAAUGUCUGGAAACAAUAAACUUGGGGGACAGGACUUCAAUCAGAGAUUGCUUCAGUACGUAUAUAAACAGAUCUAUCAAACAUAUGGCUUCGUACCCUCUAAGAAAGAGGAAAUCCAUAGGUUAAGACAAGCUGUGGAAAUGGUCAAAUUAAAUCUGACUCUUCAUCAGUCUGCUCAUAUGUCAGUAUUACUAACGGUGGAAGAAGAGGACAAGAAGGAACCUCAGAGUAGUGACACCGAACUGCCAAAGGACAGACUGUCCCCAGCAGAUGGCUACCAUGUGAACAGCAAGUUUGGAACUGGCCUUUCUGAAAAGAAAAGAGAAAGUCAGGUUUUAUUUGAAACCGAAAUAUCACGAAAACUCUUUGACACCCUUAAUGAAGAUCUCUUCCAGAAAAUACUGGUACCCAUUCAGCAAGUAUUAAAAGAUGGCCACCUAGAAAAGACUGAGAUUGACGAGGUGGUUCUGGUUGGGGGCUCUACUCGUAUUCCUCGCAUCCGCCAAGUCAUUCAGGAGUUCUUUGGAAAGGAUCCCAACACGUCUGUAGACCCUGACCUGGCGGUAGUGACAGGAGUGGCUAUCCAAGCAGGGAUUGACGGAGGCUCUUGGCCUCUUCAAGUCAGUGCUUUAGAAAUUCCCAAUAAGCAUUUACAAAAGACCAACUUCAACUGAAUUAUGGAGGAAUGAUUAUCAUUCGUGAUCUUGUCUGAUGAUAUAUACCUAUUUAUCAGACUGCCUCCCCUGAAAAAAAAGUCUCUAAAAUAUUUUAUGAAUUUACCUAAAAGGCAACAUUUAGAUCCACAAAAAUUUUGCAUAACACUUUACAUUAGGCUUGAAAGUGACCAGAUUGAUCCUAUUUGAUUUGAAGAGCUCCCAUUCCAACAGAUACUUCUAAAAUGAUGGAAUUGAGAUAAAAUUCUUAUAGAAGCAUGGGUGGCUAUAUUUUCUGGAUUCUAGAAGUAAAUGACCAUAUGCACUUAAAAUCAUAUUCUGUAAACAUUACCUAGUGUCAAUUACAGGAUUCUCAGUUCUUACUAAAUUAUAUUAGCAGGAACUGAUAAUUAGUUUACUUGGUUAUCACAUGUAACUAUUAAUUUGAACUAUACUUGAAGGACAGUGUUGAUGUCAGGUAUUUACAUUGGCUGGGAGAAAGCGGUAUUCGCAACAUAAGCUGCCUAUGUAAUAUUCAGUAACUGCCAUAUUAUGUAACAAUUACUUUCACAAACUCAAUAUUCCAUUAUGUGUCCUGUUCACGUAAUCUGCGUUCUCUAGAUUUUUAAGAUACAUUUAUUGGAUCAAUUUUUCUUUCAAAAUAGCUAUAGACUUAUUCAUAUGUUUCAAUACUAGAUAGUAGAAAUACCCAGUUUAUAUUCUAGUUCCUUCAUCUGCUGUUCAUCAUUCCCUGCUUGGAUUUCCAUGAGAUUCUCCCUGGUUAAAAAACAGGGAAUUUUUAAUUGCAUUUUUUGAAUGUGUUAAUGUCAUAAUAAGGUUUUCAUUACUGUCAUUUCUGUUAUCCAAGACCUUUUAGACAUUGGUAAACAGUAGUAAUUAACUACAGUAUUUAUUUUAUGUUUUUGUUUUUUUUGUUUAUUUUCAAUAAGCCCUGGAGAAUGUAGCUUGUAGUUGAUUUAGUUUUACUUAGAUUUUUUUUCUUCAUAUUUAUUUUUGAAUGAGGAAAAUGUGCUCAUUUGUAAAAACCUUUCUAUAAUCUCCUAUCACUUUAAAAUAGUCACAUUUGGACUAUUUUUAGCCUUAAGGUUAGUGUGUGAAGAGAGCAAAAAAAUUGUGGAUAUUGGAAGUAAUGUGGAAAUCUAGUAUGGAAGGCAACGUGGAAACAUUUCCACCAGUCAGCAUUUGUAGCAGUUUUGUUUUUGUCUGUUUUCUUUUAGAAAAACUAAAAGGACCAAGAAAGAAAAUUUAGCAGUUCUAUUUCUGUGAUGCCCAUAUUAGAUGAAGAUGUUUUUUAAUAGUGGCAUGCUUUAUGUCAAUAUUCAGAAAUUAUACUCUGGUCAAUAGUUUGGUUAAAUUGAGUCUGCUUUAAACAUUGUUGCAUUUGAAAGGAUCUCAAAUUUUCAAUCACUGGGAAAGAGAACUAAGCAUACUCAUUUCAGCAACAUCAAAACAGUUCGGCUCAGUGAAAGGCUGGAUGUUAAUGUGUUUUGCAGAUCUAAAAAUUUCUUAGCAAUGAAACUGCUGUUGAAACAAUUUCAAAUACUUUUGUGUACAGAAAAUAUCUGUAGUAGGUAGAAAAUGCAAAAUGUUUGUUGACAUAUUUUAUUUUGAAACUAACUGAGAAAUGCCAAAGAUGAAUCCUUCACUGCAUUAUGAAGAUAUUCAAGUGUUCUGGACUUUAUAUAAAUCUUUAAUAGAUUUUAGAAUUGAAAAAAAUCUUUUUAUGAAAGUCUUUAAGAGAAAAGUAUUCAAUUUAUCAAAAUCUCCACAUUAAUAUCAGCUUUAAACUAAAGCAUUUUAAGAUUUUUUUAAAAAAAAUUUGUAUUUCUCCAGUAUAUGACAUAGAUUAUGACAAUCUAUUAACAGUUUUUAGAGGAAACAAUUUACAAAAUAGAGCAGCUAAUCUCAUAUUCUAAAAUUGGAAUUUAAUAAUUUGUGUCUGAGAGAUAAUGGCAGUGUUGGAAUUUGGGGGCUAUAGUUUAGCAUAUUCUCUAGUAUAGCUACAUCUUUAAAAAUGAAGUAGUGCCUGUCUUCAAUCAUUUUAGAAGGCUAUAUGUAAAUAGACUUGACAUCAAUAUAGUUUAUUUAAGUGCUGAAAAUGCAUCCUGAAAGGGAUCAUUUAUGCAUAACAAUCUGAAGACAGUUUUCAUAAAACAAACAUUAUAUUUUGGUUAUACAUCUAGCUAGUGUAUUUUGAAGUACAUAACUUUAAAAUACUAACUGUCUUGUAUGAUUAGAAUAUGUGAAUGAGUAAGUUAUUUUGUAUCAGGAAUGUUUUGGUACUGUUUUCACUCAAACCACUGACGUAUCUACAGAUACCACUGUGUAUAGCAUACUGAAGAUUAUAGUUAUUGUGCAUAACAGAUUGUGCCUCUUAAAUUUGUGUGUAUACAAGUCAUUCACAUUUUAAUGUAAAUAAAUAUGACUUUGCAGUUUGUUUUAAA